AUGAUCGCUGCAAAAAUUACCUCCAUCGCCCUCGCGGCCAUCUUCAGCACCGCCUCCCUCGCCAUGCCAUCAUCCAACGGCGAAACUUUCAUCCAAGCCCGUCAAGAAAUUGACACCAGCAACUGGGUUUCCGUCGACUUCCAAGGAAAAACACUCAAGUACAACCCAGCUGCCCUCAACACCUCCGUCCAGGUCCAUACCACCUCGUCCGGCGACGUGUUCAGCCCAGCUGUCAUCACCAAAGACUGCUGCGGCGACAGCUCCUUCUCCGGUACCGACGCCCCGUGGCCGUCUGAGGGUGACUGUGCUGUCAUCCGCGACUGGGCCUACACCCUCAAUGCGUAUUGGUCCAUCUGGACCAACACGCCGGACUAUCACGGCGUGGUGGUGUACAAUACUUGCGUUUUUGGUGCUGGUACGAGGAACACGUAUGAUACUUACAUUGGGUCGUCUGAUAUGGGUGAUAUCGUCCGUGACUCUAUCACCAGGCUCGCGAAUAACGGCCUUGUUGGGGCCGCAGGAAAUAUGGGAUCAACUUAG